AUGGCGCGCGCGCGGGCCGGUGCCUGCCCCUGCCUCCCGGAGCUGCCGUGGCGGAGACUCGGCGGGGAGGACGUGGAGCGGAGCGGAGCGGGAUGCGGCGUGGCGGGGCAGGGCGGAGCCGCCGCCGCGGAGGCUCAGCGGGGAGGACGUGCGGCGGCAGGGCUCGGCUCGGCUCCGGCCAUGGCCACGGUGGUCCUCAUCUCCCUCCCGGCCACGGCCGUCCUCCACUCCCUCCCUGCCACGGCGGCGCGCGGCCGUCCUCCCUCCCUCACCAGCGCGUUGCCGGCCUGCGCGAGCUCCCUCCCUCCCCACGGCCAGGCAGAGGCCCUCACGGUGGCGGCGGCGGCGUGGGUGGGUCGCGGUGGCGGUGAUGUCGCGGAGCAGGGCGAGGGGAGGCGGCCACCAGCGCAACAAGCAGCGGCAGGAGGGGCCAGCGGUGGUGGCACCGGCGAGGGGAAGGAGCUUGCCAGCGGAGGACGGGCGCGCAGGGGCCAGGGACUCCCACGGGUUCCGCCUACCGGCGGGCUGCUGCGAGCAGUUGACGAUGGAGGAGGAGAGGAGGAUACGGGACACCUCUGUCUAUUGAGGAAACGUGAGGAUACCUAA